AUGGGCGCGGGGGCGCUCGCCCUGGGCGCCUCCGAGCCCUGCAACCUGUCGUCGGCCGCGCCGCUCCCCGACGGCGCGGCCACGGCGGCGCGGCUGCUGGUGCCCGCGUCGCCGUCCGCCUCGCCGCUGACCCCAACCAGCGAGGGCCCCGCGCCUCUGUCGCAGCAGUGGACGGCGGGCAUAGGCCUGCUGAUGGCACUCAUCGUGCUGCUCAUCGUGGCGGGCAACGUGCUGGUGAUCGUAGCCAUCGCCAAGACGCCGCGGCUGCAGACGCUCACCAACCUCUUCAUCAUGUCCCUGGCCAGCGCCGACCUCGUCAUGGGGCUGCUGGUGGUGCCGUUCGGGGCCACCAUCGUCAUGCGGGGCCGCUGGGAGUACGGCUCCUUCUUCUGCGAGCUCUGGACCUCGGUGGACGUGCUGUGCGUGACGGCCAGCAUCGAGACCCUGUGUGUCAUCGCCCUGGACCGCUACCUCGCCAUCACGUCGCCCUUCCGCUACCAGAGCCUGCUGACCCGCGCGCGGGCGCGGGCCCUCGUGUGCACCGUGUGGGCCAUCUCGGCCCUGGUGUCCUUCCUGCCCAUUCUCAUGCACUGGUGGCGGGCCGAGGGCGACGAGGCGCGCCGCUGCUACAACGACCCCAAGUGCUGCGAUUUCGUCACCAACCGGGCCUACGCCAUCGCCUCGUCCGUCGUCUCCUUCUACGUGCCCCUGUGCAUCAUGGCCUUCGUGUACCUGCGGGUGUUCCGCGAGGCCCAGAAGCAGGUGAAGAAGAUCGACAGCUGCGAGCGCCGCUUCCUCAGCGGCCCGGCGCGGCCCCCGUCGCCAGCGCCCGCGCCCGCGCCCCUCUCCCCGCGCCCCGCCGCCGCCACCCCGCUGGCCAACGGGCGCGUAAGCAAGCGGCGGCCCUCGCGCCUCGUGGCCCUGCGCGAGCAGAAGGCGCUCAAGACGCUGGGCAUCAUCAUGGGCGUGUUCACGCUCUGCUGGCUGCCCUUCUUCCUGGCCAACGUGGUCAAGGCCUUCCACCGCGACCUGGUGCCGGACCGCCUCUUCGUCUUCUUCAACUGGCUGGGCUAUGCCAACUCAGCCUUCAACCCCAUCAUCUACUGCCGCAGCCCCGACUUCCGCAAGGCCUUCCAGCGCCUGCUCUGCUGCGCGCGCAGGGCCGCCGGCGGGAGCCACGAGGCCGCCGGCGACCGGCCGCGCGCCUCGGGCUGCCUGCCGCGGGCCCGGCCGCCGCCGUCGCCCGGGGCUGCGUCGGACGACGACGACGAAGACGACGACGUCGGGGCCGCGCCGCCCGCGCGUCUGCUAGAGCCUUGGGCCGGCUGCAACGGCGGGGCGGCGGCGGACAGCGACUCGAGCCUGGACGAGCCGGGCCGCCCCGCGGGCGCCUCGGAAUCCAAGGUGUAG